AUGCCCCCUAGAGCACAGCAUAGAGACCCUGCAAGUGACGCUGAAUCCAAAUCUAUCCCCACUUCGAGAUCCGCUAACAAGGCCCGGAAUGCCGUCGCAGUGGCGGCUCAACAGGAGCUUCUAUCGAAGCAUAUUCAUUCAAACGGCCCACAUGAUAAACCUCGGAUUGAUGUGUUGGAUUUCAAUACAUUUGAUGAUACUACCCUUGAAAGAUACAAUCGGAAGUUAGGUAUCGAGUGCCCUGCAAUCCAAAAGAUCGACGAGGAUAUCCUACGGUCUGAUAUUGGCAAGAAAACAUAUACUGCGAGAAAUUCGAGUCAGACUAUGAGUAUUUCGAAACCAGAAAUGGCCUCCUUUUGUCAGAAGCAUUUCAUCAAUAGCCCUUGCCGAGAAAAUGAGAUUAUUUCCAAUUUUUUGUACAAAGUUAAGAAUGAUGAUAAAGAAUUCAAACUCACGUUCUAA